GCCUCGCGCUAAGGUGACCAGAUUUCUGAGACAAAAUCCGGGGCUUUUCAGCUCAGAAGCAUAAAUACCUCCAAAACAGAUGGUGUUCCUGUUUUCCUCCCAAAUCUGAGAGAGAUGUCUUCAGUCCAUAGAAACUGUGAUCCUGCCGUAUACAAUGAUGUUAAGAAAACAUUUGACAGUUGCACCAUUGCUGAUACUUGUGCUGAGUGUCUUCAGAGGACAUACCCUCACAUGUAAUCCAACAGAGUAUCUGAACGGGGAUCAGUGCUGUCCUACGUGUCCUGCUGGAAGUCGAGUUAGAAACCAUUGCACAGAGUUCAGAAGUACUUCCUGUCUGGAUUGCGAUGAAGGAACAUUUAUGAAUCAUCCUACAGGACUUACAGAAUGUUUUCGCUGUGCACGCUGUGAUUCAGGUUCUGGUUUAAAGAUGAAGACGUCAUGUACGACUACCUCAGAUACAGUUUGUGAACCACUGGAGGGAUUCUACUGUCUGUUCUCUUCAGGAAACAGCUGUGUGGAAGCACAGAAACACAGCAGUUGUCAACCAGGACAAUAUAUCAGCCAAAAAGGAACAGCAUUAAGGGACACUGAGUGCUCUGACUGCAGAGAUGGAACAUUUUCUGAUGGGACAUUAUUGACAUCGUGUCAGCCACACACACAAUGUCAAUCAUUGGAUCUUCAGCUGAUAAAACCAGGAACUGCUUCAACAGAUGCUGAAUGUGGAGAACAAAGUUCAGGAGCUGUGAUCGGCGCCGUUGUGGGGGGGCUUGUGACCUGUUUAGUGGUCGGACUCGCAAUAGCUCUGUUUUUGGUGUGGCGUCUCAAAAAGAAGAAAGACACAGGAGGAGAAGGAAAUGCAGACAAUCCCGAACAGAACUCCAUAAACAGUAAACAUCCACAUGAAGAAGAAGAAGAAGAAGAAGAAGAAGAAGAAGAAGAAGAAGAGCUGGGUGGGAGUGUGAAAAUUGAACACAGAGACAGUUCAUCGGACACUGCAGAGGAAAGUUCCAGGUUCAAUGGUUGCUGACACAUUGUAAGUUGUACAGAAAUGAAUCAGUCCAUGGUGAAUUUUGGGCACUGUGCUCUAAAUUGAACAGCUGCUGGUCUGC